CACAAGGCAAAGAUGAAGAGCGUCUUGGACGCUUUUUUUUUUUUGGUGAUGGCUGACGACUUGCCAAAGAUGCCACAGAUGAGACCAAUCAUGCGAGCAAUGACAGUGGAUCGGGUGACGAAGGGGGCGUCCCUGCGGCCAUCCACAAGGAACCGCAGCCACAAUCGACGUCCUCGGCCAGAGCCAACAUCUUGUUGGGCAAGGCUACAAGAAACGCUUCCAGUGCAUCCAGCAACAUAACUCACACCUCAGAGAAAGAAUCGAGUGAUGGCCGUGAUGAUGAGUCUGAACGCGACUUGGAUGGUGGGACUGUUGAAGGACUCGAGAUCGUCUGCGAUUCCGACCAUCGUGAUGAUCGCACUGAUGCCGCGGAUUCAGCUACUGGGAGCGAUGAGGAUGAGGACGACGAUGAGGACGACGAUGAGGACGACGAUGAGGACGACGAUGAGGACGAGAGUGAGGACGAGGACGAGGACAACAUGCUGGAUGGUACAGGGUCACAUCACAACAGCAACAUUCAACCCCUCGAUCCCCGAAAAGAUGCCGGUUCGGCGAUGGCAGAAAACGUGUCAUACGACGACGAGUCAUUGGAUGACACCUUCAAUAAGGACUUGAAUAAGGCCAUUGAUGGGGCCCUCGAUAAUGCUCAUGAAGCUCGUCAAUCACCGGCGCUCGAGAACGGGGGCGGGGCGGUUAGGAGGCGUGGUAUGCAAAGUAUCGAUUUGGAUGGUCUCCCAGAUUUUGAUUUCGACGCGUUUUUACGCGAGAGAUGCACGCCUUCCCCGGACCGCUCGGUCGGCCACUCUGCAGAGACAAGAGAGAAUGGAAUGGGAGACAACUCACUGUGGCACUCGUCAACGCAAUAUGGAGGCAACGAACCGCACGUGGCAUCGCAGGCGGCCAGGCGAGCUCCUCCGCCGCCGUCCCCACGAUCACAGGUUCGUGGUCAUGGUCGCCCAUGGGAGGAACCAGGGCCAAUCGCUGCUGCGAGCCAGCGAGACGAGCCAACCCGGACCUCCCACCAGUCAGCGCCCAGAAUGCACGAAUCCAGACUCGGAGUUGCUGAGGCUGCUUCGGCUGAUGUUGCUCAGCAAAGGACAAACCGCAUGUCACUCAAACUGGGGGGUUCUGUCCAUCCGCUGAUGCAACCGGCCUCUGAAGCGUUGAACCAAUUGUCAGCUUUCCAGCAGGAUUUCCCCACCGCCGUUGGCGUCGCCUUCGCUCAGCAAUCACGGCAACCCUAAUUUGAUCUGGACGAUGGGACAUGAAGAGGAGGGUAGAAAAGGG